AUGUCUCUGCAGAAAGAUAAGGUCGAAUGGGAACUUCCCCAUUUCAAGGAGGCACAUCAGAUGCAGGGAACUGAAGAUUUCUGGUCCGUGAAAUUCUAUCCAUACACCCAGCCUGGCGUCGAUCCUGUUUUUGCUGUUGCCGGCGGAAAGCGGAUACUAGUGUGCCGCCCUCCGGGAAAAGAAAGUCCAAAAAUGGAGGUCAUUCAGCUGAUUGUAGAUGAAGAUGCUGAUGCGGUUCACUAUGCUUGUGCUUGGAGCAAAGAUCUUGAGACUGGCGCUCCUCUACUGUGUGUCACUGGAGGUAACGGGAAGAUAAAGAUUAUUAAUGCUUUAGACGGCAAGUUACUUCGGACGUUAGCUGGUCAUGGGGGGGAAGUCAAUGAUCUCGCAGUUUCUCCGAUCAACCCCCACAUCCUGGCCUCAGCAUCAGAGGAUUCAACAGUGAGGAUAUGGAGCCUUGAUCCAGCACACAAGGACAGGCCCUGUGCUGCAAUUCUUGAAGGAGAUGGGCACAAGGAAACGGUUUUGAGUCUGUCAUUUCACUCCAGCGGGCGGUAUCUUCUGUCAGGGGGAAUAGAUCAUAUGAUAAAUCUUUGGGUUUUGCCAGAGUUUCCAGAUAUCAACACUGGCACCAACAAGCCUACAAGAAUAUACUACCCUCACUUCUCCACAUCCGAGAUACAUGCUGAUAUUGUCGAUUGCGUAGCCUGGUAUGGCGACCUAAUAUUCUCGAAAGCAGCCCGGGAACACUGCAUAGUCCUCUGGUCCAUCAACAGCUUCUCGCCGACGGAUCCCCCACCAUCUCCAUCCUCAGCUCCCACAACACACGACCCGAACCGCGACACCCGCUCAGCCUUCUCCCCCCCCUCCUCAACCUCCUUCUACACCCGGCACCUGCAAUUCUCCAUCCCCGACAGCGAAAUCAUCUUCAUGCGCUUCUCCAUCUUCGAAGGCUCCAAAACCAGUAACCCCAUCCUCGCAUUCUGUAACGGCGUCUCCAAAGUCUUCUUCUGGGACCUCGCACGCUUCGAAGAAUACUUCGACGUGAUUGACUACUUCCCAGGAGGCACCACCAACCCAAGAAUAGAAAGAACUUCUGAUUCAGGUGCACUCGACCUCCGUCUCCCCUCGGCCUCAAAUCCACGGAACCAUCCUUUCCUACUACCCUUUCAACGCCGCAACCGCGGCGGAGCAGUAGCCCGCAUUGCCCGCGAAGCAAGUCCCACAGAGUCCUCGUCAAGCCAUCACACAGGGUCAGAUAACGCCACGGAUAAAAACUCCGAUGUGGGAAAGGGGCAGAUAGACUGGGCGAAAAGCCGCUCGCUGUGGGAGAAGAAGUACGAGAUGGGGGAGCCGUUGAUGGAGGUUGAGGCGCACCAGAUGGAGACGGUAAAGGGAUUGGGGUUCAUGGGAAGGCAGGUUGCGUGGAGUAGUGAUGGGCAGUGGUGUGUUGUGGUUGGCAGCGCGGGUGUUAUUGGGAUUCUGCAGCGGUGGGAGAAGGAGAAGUCGAAGCAGGGUGCUGCUUGA